UCACCCACUCAGCGUUGGGCCCUGAGCGGCGCCGGUGGGGUCGGGGCCUCCGGGCCGCGGCGGCGAAUGUGGCUAAGCCGGGGAACCCGUCGGGUGGGGCUGGGACGCGGGAGGCUUCUGAAGGGCGACCGGGGCCGUUUCCGGCGGAGCCUGUUGGGGGUGUGGGGGUCCCGGCCCCGCGGGCGUCCGCUCGGCGUCCCUGGAAGCUGAUGUUUGAAUUACUUGGAGGUCUGAGAUGAUCGGCCACGUUGUGGCGGGCUUUGGGGGGCGGGUGGAUGGGAGGCGAGCAGCCCGGCCUGCCCGCACCCCUUGGAGCCCUUCCAGAUCCCAGCCUGUCGUUGACGGGAGCUGAGACCGAGGGCCCCGAAGCCCCGGGCGUGCGCUCGUACACCGGGAGCGGAUGCGCUCGCACCUUACUUCCAGGAGGAGGAGGAGGACUUGCGGGAAGGCUCGUCCCGGAAUGCCCAGAUGAGAGUGUUUGUGCUGGUCCUUGCCCGGAAGGAAACAAGCCGGCAUUAUUGAAGUGACUGGGCGGAAGACUUUAGCUCGGAGAAGAGCUUCUAAACACACUCAUUAAUAGAGAAGCUCAUGUAGAGACAGUUAUUUGUGUAGUUAAUCCAAAAGCCAUUCCUAUUUGGCUUUGGAAGUAUUCUUUAGUGCUUGUAGUAAAUAUAUUUUUAGAAGUCUUCACUCCAACAGAUUAAUGUCUUUUGAGGGGGGAGGCCGGUGACGAUCUAAUAAUCCUUUUAAAUGAACCGACCACAGUGCUUUCCUUAUUACAGGAAUUUAAAGAAAAUUAGAAUUUCUCUAGUUCCCACAUCAGCUUUUCUCUGAAACUAAGAGUAGAGGUGAUGGUGAUAAACUAAGCUGCAAUGAAUUGCAAUGAGUUGGGAGCGACAUUGAUGUCAGAGGAUCUAGCAAAACAGCUGGCAAGCUACAAAGCUCAACUCCAGCAAGUUGAAGCUGCCCUGUCUGGAAAUGGAGAAAAUGAAGAUUUGCUAAAAUUAAAAAAAGAUUUACAAGAAGUUAUAGAACUAACCAAAGACCUUCUGUCAACUCAACCUUCAGAAACUCUUGCAAGUUCAGACUGUUUUGCUUCUGCUCAGCCCACUCAUUCAUGGAAAGUAGGGGACAAAUGUAUGGCAAUCUGGAGUGAAGAUGGACAGUGUUAUGAAGCGGAGAUUGAGGAGAUAGAUGAAGAAAACGGCACUGCUGCAAUCACCUUUGCUGGCUAUGGCAAUGCUGAAGUGACUCCACUGUUGAACCUGAAGCCUGUAGAAGAAGGAAGGAAGGCAAAGGAGGACAGUGGCAGCAAACCCAUGUCCAAAAAAGAAAUGAUUGCUCAGCAGCGUGAAUAUAAAAAGAAGAAAGCUUUGAAAAAAGCACAGAGAAUAAAAGAACUUGAGCAGGAGAGAGAGGACCAGAAAGUGAAAUGGCAACAGUUCAACAACAGGGCCUAUUCUAAAAACAAAAAAGGCCAGGUAAAGAGGAGUAUUUUUGCUUCACCUGAGAGUGUAACUGGCAAAGUUGGAGUAGGAACUUGUGGAAUUGCUGAUAAACCUAUGACACAGUAUCAAGAUACCUCUAAAUACAAUGUCAGGCAUUUGAUGCCUCAAUAAUCAGAAAAACUGUUGGAUUUCAUCUCUGCAGGGCUUUACAUUUACCUUUUUAUCCUUAUAUUUUUCUAAAGGUAAAUUAUUUGUUAGAUGAGUAAGGAAGAUACCAUUGUUGUCAUUGUUUGACGUCAAUAGAAUGAAACUUGAAGAAAUUGCAUUUGAUAACCGCUAUUCAUUUAACUUGGUUCAUUACUACUACCACAGUUUCCUCAAAGUUUGUUGGGUAACGCAACUUUUCUAGAUAGAUGCUGCUUAAAUAAAGCACUUAGAUGAAUUGUUGAUCUUCCUGAUAUCAGGCCCCAUACAUUUUGUAAAGUCCUAACCUGGAACUUUCAGUACCUUAAAGCUUGCCACAUAUUCUGAAAGCAAUUCACUGGAAUAUCAAGGCAAAACACCAAACUUUACAGAGAUUUUUUUUUUUCUUACCUUCAACUUAAACUUGGCUAUUGGCCAAUUAAACCUAAAAAAUAAGUUAACUUGUAAAAGUCCAAUUCUGUUUUCAGGUUUUUCCUUUAAUAACUUGUUUUCUAAGCCUGUUAGACCAUCUCUAAAAUGUAUCCAGCUCUUUUAUUCUUUUCAUUGAGUUUUAGUUUUAUGUAAAAAACCAUGUUUUAGCACCAGCUACCUUUUCUAAUUUUCCCCCCCUCCUGUGUUGGUUUUUCACAUAGGGUAGUGGUACCAUUUUUUUGGAUGUGAAAUGUUUAUAUGAGAAAACAAAAAGCUGAUGUAUAGCCCUGUAUACAGUGUAGAUACUAUUUUUGUAAAAAAAAAGAAAAAAAAACAGCUAAAUUAAUGAACAAGAGUACUGAAUGUUUCAUCAUUAAAAAUUGACUGUAUUUCUUGUGCAUUAAUCUGACCAUAAUCCCCUGUAUAUUAUGUUCAUGUAGCUGAGUUUGUAAUUUUUGUUUACUAGAUCAAGUUGUCAGCAUUUGCUGGUAUAAGUGAACAUCACAUUUAUCCUGAGUUGAGUUUAAGCCAAAUAUAUGCAUAGAAAAGUGUCUUCCUGUUAAUGGAAGUCAGUGAUUUUCAGGAUGUGUUAAUUUCAGUUUUUGUAUGUUUAACUUUUAUUAAAUAAAGUGUUUUUAAAAUCUCCAGGGUGUGUUAUGACAAAGGUAAAAUCUUACUAGUAGCUCCCAGCAUUGAUAAUGAUUAAGCCUCACUGUACUUGCAUACAUCAUUUCUGCAAAAGAAAAUGAGUAUGUUAAAGGUUUCGAUAAAUCCUUACCUACUCCCCUUCCAUUAGACAUAAAGAAUUAGAUUCUAAAGGGCAAACCAAUUUUAAGGGCUUAUGCUCUGUUUGGAGUUUAUAAAUUUUUGCUACCGGGAAAAUAAAAUUUUUUAUUUCAUGUAUUUUAAUUCUUUUGGUAAAUUGAAACUUUCAGGAGGAUAGUGGUGAGGUAGAAUUUUUCAUCUUGCCUUUCCACCUCCCAACCCAGGAGAUUACUUUUUCCUUUCAUUUUUGGCCACUGAGUAGCGCACAUGAUAGAAAAAAAGGUGAAACGUUUUUUACAUACAAGGUACAUAUUACAGUAGAAAAAGGGCCACAUAGCUUGAAAAACAUAUAAAUAAAAUAUACUAAUGCUCUCGUUAUUAAUUGUAACAUACUAAUCAACAGUAUCCUUGAAGGAUUGCAAUUGUACCCUUUUAAUGAAAAACCACAGGACAGACAUUUGGUAUAAUUGAGUGGCCACACCAAAUGGUUUUUGGUGAGAUUACCUUGGUAUGUUUAUCACUCACCUGGUGUUUGUGUAGGCAAGACUUGUGUUGAGACUUGUGCUUUGUUUGACCCUAUGGGCCUUCCUUUCUGUACAUUAAUUUUUCUGGAGGGCUUUGCAGUAGGAGGAGAAAAGAGUAAAGGUGACCAUAUUCUAUAAAAUAUAUUUUUUAAAAUAGGCAUAUGUAGCAUGAGAUCUUGUGUCAAAAGACCUAGAUGUGGCUCUGAAAAGUCUGAGAUACCAGGAUGAUGAUAGUGUCUUUGGAUUAAACGAAAAGUUAAGACGCCUGGAGAGAGUAUCUGUCUUGUGUCAUGUAACACUUGGUCUUAUGAAGCUUAAUGUAAUUUCCCAUCAAGAAAGGCUUGACAAGCUCAGUAACUAACAGAUCGUGCUGUCAGUCAUUUAGGGCUCCCAAAUAGCUAUGGUUGCAUACAUCUUUUCAGAACUUGACAUUUGACUUUGUUGUUAUUGAACAGUUGAAGAAUUCUUCAAGACCAGUCCUAACGUUCCCAAAAUAUGUAAACUUUAAAAUUGUAGUAUUAAUCACAGAUAACAUGCUUUUUAAAUUAAUAUGUAGAAAGACCAUAUUAGAAGAGCAAGGACUUGAAUCAGACUGCUGUUUGAAUCCUGGCUUCCUUAUUUAUUACCUGUGUGUAUGACUCCUCUUUGAUUCAGUUUUCAGCUGUAGAAUAAUUUGUUUCAAUAAAUUGUAAGGAUGAAUGA